GGUCCGUCCUUGGUCCCCCACCCAUUGGCCCCACUCCUUUCUUGGCAAAAAAGCCAUCCAAUUUUUUUCGCUUUUGGCUCAUGAGUUCCUGGUCUUGGUCCGGAUUUGCAUAUGUUUUGUUUUGUUUCGUUUUAUGAAUUUGUAUAGAUUCUGUAUCUAUCUUUCUUGUUCUUUCUUUAUCGAUAGGAUUGACAGUCACCAAAUUCUAAACGAUUUAAAAAUUUUCUGAUCUUGUUGGUUUUUGAGUUCGGUGUGUUCGGGAUAAUGAUUGUAGAGUUGGAAAGGAGAGAAGCAGACCUUCCCCUUUUCCUCUAAGAUCUAGGGCGAACUCCAAGUUACAAAGGAUGGCCAUGGCACCCACAGUAAAGGUGGUACUAGGCUCCAUUGCGUUUGGGAUCUUCUGGGUCCUAGCUGUUUUCCCUGCGGUGCCCUUCCUCCCUAUCGGAAGGACCGCAGGAUCUCUUCUUGGCGCCAUGCUUAUGGUCGUCUUCCGCGUGAUUACUCCCGAAGAAGCCUAUGCGGCGAUCGACCUCCCCAUCCUUGGCCUCCUCUUUGGCACCAUGGUUGUUAGUGUCUAUCUCGAAAGGGCCGAUAUGUUCAAGUAUUUGGGUAAAUUGCUCUCAUGGAAAAGUAGAGGCGGCAAGGAUUUGCUCUGCCGCAUCUGUCUUGUUUCUGCCGUCUCCAGUGCUCUAUUUACCAAUGAUACUUGCUGUGUUGUUCUCACUGAAUUUAUCCUGAAAAUUGCAAGGCAGAACAAUUUGCCGCCACAGCCGUUCCUUUUGGCCCUGGCUUCUAGUGCGAAUAUCGGUUCUUCCACGACUCCGAUCGGUAACCCGCAGAACCUGGUUAUCGCUGUUCAGAGUAAGAUUUCUUUCGGGGAAUUCUCGUUUGGGCUCCUUCCUGCAAUGCUUGUGGGAGUAAUUGUGAAUGCUGCCAUCCUCUUAUGCUAUUACUGGAAGUUGCUGUCCAUUGAGAAGGAUGUGGAAGUGGCUCAAGCAGCAAAGGAUGUGAUCGCGGAAGAGGAUGUCACUUCUCACCGUUUUUCGCCUGCGACCAUGUCACACCUCACUUCUAUGAACUCUCAGGAUUGGAGUUCUGCAAUUGAAUCCAUUCCUCAGAGCCCAGCGUUAAAUGGAGAGAUUGUGCAUGUCGAGACAUUAAGGAACAGAAUAAGUUACAGUGAGAAUGACAUACGGUCAGCCACAAGCGAUGGCACUGAGCCUGCAAAGGUUUCGAAUGCAUCGAAGGAGCUAGCAGGGGUUGGUGGAAUUUCUCAAAGGAGAGAGGAAGGUGCAUCUGUGAGGAGAUAUGCGAGAAAUGCCAGCUGGAUCAAUGGCAUGAAGGAAGGGUUUCCUCACCACUCUUUGGAGGAAAAGGAAAUUCCCAUGGGGAGGUGGAAGAGAUUGUUGUGGAAGACCUGUGUCUAUGUUGUGACUGUUGGAAUGCUCAUUGCUCUUCUAAUGGGGCUAAACAUGUCGUGGAGUGCGAUUACUGCUGCUCUCGCUCUCAUUGUACUGGAUUUUAAGGAUGCCCGUCCUUCGCUAGAGAAGGUUUCUUAUUCUUUAUUGAUAUUCUUUUGUGGGAUGUUCAUUACCGUCGAUGGCUUUAAUAAAACUGGCAUACCAAGUGCUCUAUGGGAUCGGAUGGAACCAUACGCACGGAUUGAUAGUGCUGGAGGGAUUGCGGUUCUUGCCCUUGUUAUCCUUGUUCUCUCAAAUGUUGCGUCCAAUGUACCUACUGUAUCUCUGCUUGUCUCUAGUUCUGCUGCUUGGAGCUCGAGUGGCAGCUUCUGCAGCAGACAUUUCUCCAGCUGAAGUGACCAAGGCAUGGCUCCUAUUAUCAUGGGUGAGUACGGUGGCUGGGAAUCUAUCACUACUGGGAUCAGCUGCAAACUUAAUAGUUUGUGAGCAGGCUCACCGGGCUCAAUUUUUUGGUUACAACCUCUCAUUCUUGAGCCAUCUGCGUUUUGGGUUGCCUUCAACACUUGCUGUCACAGCUAUCGGCUUGCUACUUAUUAGGAAUUAUUGAAUGGAUCUGGUGAAGAACCAUGUCGAGAUGAACCUUUUGUAUUUUACAAUAGCAUUUCAGUCCGUGGAGAAAAAGACAAAUUGAUAGCCACUCUUUCAUGAAACAUUGUUGAGGCGAUUAAUAGAAGGUUUGCUUGACAGUUGAGGAGACUCUAAAUAAAAUACGUUAGGUCAUCUAUCUUAUGAAACAAGAUUGUCACCAUAUGAGAGCUCCCAAGCAGACAAGACACGCUCAGUGGAAGCAAAAAUGGAGUGGAUAGGGAUGACCUGCAUAAUUUCAGCGCUCCAAUACACUGCAAGAAGCCUCUUGACAACUUUAUCAUCUCUUUUAACAUGUCGAGCUUGGUAUGCCUUGCGCCAAAUUUUGUUGUUCUUUGUGGCUGUUGAUAUCUUCAUUUAUUUUUCAUUGGGCUAUAUGAUUAGUAAGCAUUUUAGUAA